UAAUUUGAGUUGUGCGUCAUGUGAUAACUUAUCCUGCGAAUGGAUAAUCAACAAAGCAUAGUGGGUAGUACGUGCCAAUACGCAAUGCCACCUAUCCCCAAAAAGAUCACAUGGCAUCUCGACAACGGCUAUCCAAAAUUUCAAUCUCAAAUUUGAGAAAAUCGUGCCUGCUAAGCAUAGUGGCAUACGACACGAUUUUCCAUUACUGCAAAUGGGACAAGAAAGGUAAAUUGAUAUUGACAGAAUCGGCAUGGAAUAAGAAAAGGGAAGUUAAUGGAUUUACGAAUAGAACAAUCAACUGACGGGACCCUAUUUAGUAUAAGUUCCUUGUUACUGCCAUCGCCAUCUUGUUCUAUUUGAUGCGACAUCAUUUCGAUCUAAAAAAUCAACUCGGGAACCCUACCAUUGCGGGGUUUUCAAGCUGCACUGUCUCUGGCCUACUCUGUUCGGCUUAAAUUUGUUGUUUGUUGCUGCAAAUAAACAUUGGACAAUCUUUGUGUUUGGAUUUUUUAUUUUUCUGAUUUGCGAUGAAGUUUGGAAGCGGGGAUAAGUCGAAGGUGUUGGAGGAGUUUCUGCAGAAGGCAGGAGGCUUCGGUAUUAUUGAUGGAGGACUUGCCACGCAGCUGGAGAGUCAUGGAGCAGAUCUCAAUGAUCCACUCUGGAGCGCUAAAUGCCUCAUUACCACUCCUCAUCUCAUUCGCCAGGUUCAUGAAGAAUAUCUUGAAGCUGGUGCUGAGAUCAUAAUAACAGCAUCAUAUCAGGCAACCAUUCAAGGUUUUGAAUCAAAAGGUUUGUCAACCAUUGAAGGAGAAGCUCUAUUGUGUAAGAGUGUUGAGAUUGCUUGUGAAGCACGUGACAAUUUUUGGAAAAAAUGUGCACAGAAUUCAGAUGAUAGUGUUGAGUCUGCUGAAAUUCCAAAUUAUCAUCCUGUACUGGUGGCAGCUUCUGUGGGAAGUUAUGGAGCAUAUUUGGCAGAUGGCUCUGAAUACAGUGGAGAUUAUGGACCUGGAAUGACCCUUCAGAAUUUGAAAGAUUUCCAUCGAAGACGAGUGCAAGUUCUUGCAGAGUCAGGAGCUGAUUUACUAGCUUUUGAAACAAUACCUAACAAGCUAGAGGCACAGGCUUAUGUUGAAUUGCUUGAAGAAGAUGAUAUCCAAGUACCAGCUUGGUUUACUUUCAACUCCAAAGAUGGUGUGAAUGUAGUGAGUGGUGACUCAGUGACAGAAUGUGCUUCCAUUGCUGAUUCAUGUAAAAAGGUGGUUGCAAUUGGUAUCAAUUGUACAGCACCUCGUUUUAUUCACGGAUUGAUUGUUUCCAUUCAGAAGGUUACUGAGAAACCAAUACUCAUUUAUCCAAAUAGUGGAGAAACAUAUGAUGGUGACCGCAAGGAGUGGGUGGUAUCCACUGGGGUUUCUGAUGUUGAUUUUGUUUCUUAUGUACGGAAAUGGCAAGAACUUGGAGCUUCCCUUAUAGGUGGUUGUUGUAGAACAACCCCUAAUACCAUCAAAGCAAUUUCAAGGACUUUGAAUAAAAGACCUUCAUAUACACCCACUGAGAAUGCACAACAAACAUCUUUUAAGAUGUCCAAAAUCAGUUAUACACUUGGUACGGACAACCCGUAAACCAUGCAAGCAUCUUCAAGGAAAAUGAACAAAAGAUCUUUUGUAAAUUUCUCAGUAGGCGUAAUGGGCAUCUUUCAAGAUGCCUAUUAUCAGUUAAAAUUUAGUGUUAAGGUUGUUGACGAAUUGCAAAUAGCAGGUUAAGUUGUUGCCAAAGUUUUCAAUUUAAAGUUCAAUCUAAAACUGUAUUUGGCUUUCAGAUGAGAAUCUAAGUUCAAGUUACGUUUUCCCUUUA